GCGCGGAGCCGGUCUGCACCUUGCCCGCGGCCGCUGACCAUGACCAUGACCCUCCACACCAAAGCGUCCGGCAUGGCCCUGCUGCACCAGAUCCAAGGGAACGAACUGGAGCCCCUGAACCGCCCGCAGCUCAAGAUCCCUCUGGAGCGACCGCUGGGCGAGGUGUACGUGGACGGGGGCAAGCCCGCCGUCUACAACUACCCGGAGGGCGCCGCCUACGACUUCAAGCCAAAUUCAGAUAAUCGGCGCCAGGGUGGCAGAGAGAGAUUGGCCAGCAGCGGUGACAAGGGCAGCAUGGCCGUGGAGUCUGCCAAGGAGACCCGCUACUGUGCAGUGUGCAAUGACUACGCCUCAGGCUACCAUUAUGGAGUCUGGUCCUGCGAGGGCUGCAAGGCCUUCUUCAAGAGAAGUAUUCAAGGACAUAAUGACUACAUGUGUCCGGCUACCAACCAAUGCACAAUUGAUAAAAACAGGAGGAAGAGCUGUCAGGCCUGCCGACUACGCAAGUGCUAUGAAGUGGGCAUGAUGAAAGGUGGGUUACGGAAAGACCGAAGAGGAGGGAGAAUGUUGAAACACAAGCGCCAAAGGGAUGAUGGGGAGAGCAGGAAUGACGCGGGGUCCUCUGGAGACAUGAGAGCUGCCAGCCUUUGGCCAAGCCCUCUCUUGAUUAAGCACACGAAGAAGAACAGCCCUGCCUUAUCGCUGACAGCCGACCAGAUGGUCAGUGCCUUGAUGGAGGCCGAGCCCCCCAUCAUCUAUUCCGAGUACGAUCCGAGCAGACCCUUCAGUGAAGCUUCGAUGAUGGGCUUGCUGACCAACCUCGCCGACAGGGAGCUGGUUCACAUGAUUAACUGGGCAAAGAGGGUGCCAGGCUUUGUGGAUUUGACCCUCCAUGAUCAGGUCCACCUUUUGGAAUGUGCAUGGCUAGAGAUCCUGAUGAUUGGUCUCGUCUGGCGCUCCAUGGAGCACCCAGGGAAGCUCCUGUUUGCUCCUAACUUGCUGUUGGACAGGAACCAGGGAAAAUGUGUAGAGGGCAUGGUGGAGAUCUUUGACAUGUUGCUGGCUACAUCAUCUCGGUUUCGUAUGAUGAAUCUCCAGGGAGAGGAGUUUGUGUGCCUCAAAUCCAUCAUUUUGCUCAAUUCUGGAGUGUACACGUUUCUGUCCAGCACUCUGAAGUCUCUGGAGGAGAAGGACCACAUCCACCGUGUCCUGGACAAGAUCACGGACACCUUGAUCCAUCUGAUGGCCAAGGCAGGCCUGACUCUGCAGCAGCAGCACCGGCGCCUGGCCCAGCUCCUCCUCAUCCUCUCCCACAUCAGGCACAUGAGUAACAAAGGCAUGGAGCAUCUGUACAACAUGAAGUGCAAGAACGUGGUGCCCCUGUACGACCUGCUGCUGGAGAUGCUGGAUGCCCACCGCCUGCACGCCCCGGCCAGCCGAGGGGCCGCCCCCAUGGAGGAGCCGCACCAGGGCCAGAUGGCCACCACGGGCCCAACUUUACCACAUUCCCUGCCAACAUAUUACAUCAGUGGGGAGGCAGAGGGUUUCCCCAACACGGUCUGAGGGCUCCCCACCCCCCGAGUGUCUGAGAAUCCCCGCAGCGUUCUCCCCACGUCAUACACCACCAUAGCAAAAUCCUGCUCCUGAACACACUCCGGCUUGCACCCACCACCACGGCUUCCUACCCUGAGUGGCCUUUCGUCUGCUUGCUCAGUCCUUAGUGGCACGCCUUCUUUCGGGAACAGCCAGAGGGAUUCCAGGGCUAACUUCUUGGUGAGAGCUGUCCUUCUCCCUUUGCUACGUUGUUAAGCACGAGGAUUCCUGGAGCUGGUCGUGACUGAACUCGGCCUCCGAGCUGGGGCUCCGAUGAGCGUGCACUGAAGCUACUUACCUAGAGCCAGGCCUGGGGAGUGGAUGCUGCGCUUCUGCGAAGCACUUUUUAAUGAAUCUAAGCCACAGGGAAGUGGCUCCUUUAACUGCCGACUUGGAGAAAGCUAGAUGGAGGGUUUCUUUAGCAUCCUCUUGUAUUCCUAUAGUCAUGUAUCUUUUUAUUAAAGUAUCACCUUCAAGCUUC